UUUGGAUGCUCGUUCUUCGAGAGCUCACUUCAUUUUUCUUUGUUCCUUGUUCUGCGUUGAGAAAAAUGACUACUCUCUCUGUCGACGGCCAGCGCACCAGCGGCCAGAGCAUCCGCACACAAAAUGUCAUGGCUGCCAUGUCGGUCGCCAACAUUGUCAAGAGCUCCCUCGGCCCGGUCGGUCUGGACAAGAUGAUGGUCGACGAAAUCGGUGAUGUCACCAUCACCAACGACGGCGCUACCAUCCUCCGCCUGCUGGAUGUCGAGCACCCUGCUGCCAAGGUGUUGUGCGAGCUGGCUCAGCUGCAAGACCAGGAGGUUGGCGACGGCACCACCUCGGUCGUUAUUGUGGCUGCAGAGCUGCUCAAGAAUGCAGACGAGCUUGUCAAGUGCAAGAUCCACCCGACAUCCAUCAUUGCCGGCUACCGACUGGCGUGCAAGGAGGCUGUGCGAUACAUCCAGGAGCACCUGUCGAUCAGCACAGACUCGCUCGGCCGCGAGUCGAUUGUCAACGCCGCAAAGACGUCCAUGUCGUCCAAGAUUAUUGGCGCCGAGUCAGAGUUCUUCUCCAACAUGAUUGUGGACGCACUCGAGGCCGUGUCCAAGAUUAACGCAAACGGCGACCGCAAGUGCCCCGUCAAGGCCGUUAACGUGCUCAAGGCGCACGGCAAGAGCGCUCGCGAGUCUGUCCUUGUCAAGGGCUACGCCCUCAACUGCACAGUGGCUUCGCAGGCCAUGCCCAAGCGCAUUGAGAACGCCAAGAUUGCCGUGCUCGACAUCAACCUGCAGAAGGCGCGCAUGCACCUCGGCGUCAACGUUCUCGUGGACGACCCAGACAAGCUCGAGGCCAUCCGUCAACGCGAGGCGGACAUCACCAAGGAGCGCAUCCAGAAGAUUCUGGCCACUGGCGCCAACGUCAUUCUCACCACCAAGGGCAUUGACGAUCUCUGCCUCAAGUACUUUGUUGAGGCUGGCGCCAUGGCUGUCCGCCGCUGCCGAAAAGAAGAUCUCAAGCGCAUCGCCCGCGCCACCGGUGCCACGCUGUGCUUGACGCUCGCCAACCUCGAGGGCGAGGAAAGCUUUGACGCCUCCAUGCUCGGCCACGCCGAUGAGGUUGCUCAGGACCGCAUCAGCGACGACGAGCUCAUCUUCAUCAAGGGCACCAAGGCCCACCCCGCCUCCUCCAUCAUUCUGCGCGGCGCAAACGACUUUAUGCUGGACGAAAUGGAACGCUCCGUCCACGACGCUCUCUGCGUGGUCAAGCGUGUCAUGGAGUCCAAGUCGCUCGUUCCCGGCGGUGGUGCCGUCGAGGCCGCCCUCUCCAUCUACCUCGAGAACUUUGCCACCACUCUCGGCUCGCGCGAGCAGCUCGCCAUUGCCGAGUUUGCCCACUCGCUCCUCGUCAUUCCCAAGACCCUGGCUGGCAACGCUGCCAAGGACUCGACCGACCUCGUUGCCAAGCUCCGUGCCUACCACAAUGCUGCCCAAGUCGAUUCUACCAAGACUGAGCUCCAGUGGACUGGCCUUGACUUGAUCGAGGGCGUUGUUCGUAACAACUUGGCUGCCGGUGUUCUUGAGCCCGCCAUGAGCAAAAUCAAGAGCUUCAAGUUUGCGACUGAGGCUGCCAUCACAAUUCUGCGCAUUGACGAUAUGAUCAAGAUCACCCCUGACCAAAAAGACGACCCCAACUCGUAUCAAAACGCCAUGCGCUCUGGCGCACUCGGGUAAACGAUCCGGACUUCUUUCUUUUUCCCCCUCGCGCAAGUCCUUUUUUACUUCUCUUGCGUCAUUCUGGAUGAUUGUUGCCUUGCCCCCGUUUUUCACUGCCCGUUGUACUGCUGAACCAAACAAAAACAAAUUGUACACCUAUCA